UGAAUUGGUAUCAAAUAGCAUUGAUUUCGAUAGUUCUACUAAAAGUUAAAGUGCAGUUUUAUUCGUAGGAUGUGUGACGAGGAAUUGAUACUUUUCGAGUUCUUGGAAGCCGAUAGUGAGGAAAACUCUAUGAGGAGAAGGAGACUCGACGCUCGAGCACAAUUCGACCCAUUCGAUUUGGAAGAUAAUGAAUUUAUAAAACGUUAUCGUCUUUCCAAAGAAUUGGUAGUCGGAUUGUGCGACGAGAUAAGACCGGCGAUGAAAGCGCCAAGGAGGUCCACAGAUAUAUCUGUAGAAACAAAGGUUUUAACAGCGUUAUCAUUCUACGCAACUGGCUCCUACCAAAGACCCGUAGGAGAUAUAAGUGCGCACUCAAUGGCACAACAGACAGUUUCUUCAGUGAUUGCUCAAGUGACUGCGUGUAUAGACUCUGUUGAAAUGCGAAAAAAAUACAUCACUUUCCCAAAGAGCAAUGACGAAAGAAAUGAAAUUAGAGUAAGGUUUUAUCACAAAUUUGGCAUACCAGGUGUUGUGGGAUGCAUUGACUGCACACAAAUUGCAAUAGUCAGGCCGAAUAGAAAUGAGGAGCGUUAUUUUUGUAGAAAACACUAUCAUUCCCUUAAUGUCCAACUUAUUUGUGAUGCAGAUAUGCAAAUUAUAAGUGUGGACGCUAGUUUCGGUGGAGCUACACACGAUUCUUUCAUUUGGAAUGACCACCCUAUAAAACAACAUCUUGAGAAUUUACAAGAAUCAACUUGGUUGCUAGCUCGUCUAUUUGACAUUUGCACAAGCAAACGCCGAGCUGCUUGCUGCGUCAUAGGUGGCUCCGCAGGCACCCUCCGGCGGCGGGGGGAGAAGAUUCUCCGCGGCGGGUGGGUGGUGCGCUCGCGGCGCGCGGUGGGCGACCUGCGCGGAGGAGUCUGCGGCGCGCCCGCCGAGGGCGACUCCUCGGCCUGCGCUGCACCCGUUGCGUGUGCUGUACCUUCAGGACCGGGAGCAUCAUUUGGUGGAGGCAUUAUUGUGCUGGAUGGUCCUGGCACAGGUUCUGGCAUUAAAAUGCUCUGAGACACCUCAGAACUUUCUACAGCCUGUGUAAUUAUUAUCAAGGGUGUCUCACUCAUCUCAGCAUCAGUUAUUCCAACUUCAGUGACCUGAAAGUAUUUUUUUUAAAUAAAUAGAUCAACAACA